AUGAAGGUCGGAAAAUUUAAGCGAAAUUUCUGGCUGAGCUCGGAGAUUGAUUGUAUGCUGAAAAUCUUUAAAGAAAUACAUUCAGUUCAAGGAAGUACUACUACGACACAUUACACAUUUGUUCAGAUUGCUAAUAAAAUGAGAAAAAGGGGAUUUGUAAAUAAAUCGCCUGCUCAAAUUCGAAGGAAAUGGUUUCAAAUGAAAUCGGCUUAUUUGUGUUAUAAACGUGGAAAUGUGGGUCGCUUACUUUUAAUACCGGAAAGAUUUCGUCCUAUUAUCGCGACAUUUAUAGAUAAUGAAUAUAAAAAUUCUCUAUGGUUGCAACAAUCGGAAUCGAGCGAAAACUUGGACAUCGAAAUAGAAGAUGAAUUUGAUAUAGGAAAGUCUAGCUUAGCAUCUGUAAGAAAUUUGCAGCAACAAUUUCUCAAAGACUAUGAGGAAAUGCAAAAAAGCUUAUUGCAAUUGCAAUUUAAAUAUCAGGAUAUACAAGACAAAAAUUGGAUAAAGUAUCUUUCGUCAAUCGAUUUAAAUACAGAUAUUCAAUGUUCUGUUUAAAGUUGGGUAUCUCUAAUAAAUCACGUAAAAGAA